AUGCUCAAGCCACAAGGCGUACCUGUUCGCCAGUGGGUUGCAGUCGCGGACUCAACAUCGAGCAAAUGGAAUCAAGGAGCAAUAGCGAUCAGGUCCGCCAGACACUUUUCUUCAUCGUCAACCAGACCAUCUGAGAAUGAUGGAGACUCAAAAGCAAAGCAAAACCGUCUAAGCUCCCUUCACGAGAUCGCCAAAAAGCAAAUUGAUAAAGCUUUUUCUCAAUCUUCUUCCACCCCCCUCAUCCGCCGUGUAUCUGAUGACUCACAACCCCUUAUCCCUCCCCAUCAACGGCAACGGCAACAAUUACAGUCCCAGCAGCGUCGACCACUCGAUGCCCGCGCUCUUGGCUCCAGGCUUAAUAAAGCGGGCGGAAAGCCCACUAACAUCCUUCGGGCUCCUGCAACCCUGAGAAGGCCGGGGAAUAACCUCGGCGGAACUAGAGCCCCUAAGCGCCCCGCAACAGCCCGCCCGGCCCGCCGCAAGAAACUGGAUAAGUCGUCCAGAAGCGACGACGGUAGUGGGUGGUCUGGACAGCGCGAGAUGUCCAAGGAAGAACAGGAAGCGGAUGAAAAGGCUUUUCUUGAACAGUGGGAGCGCGACCGUCCCAAACCUGUCCGAUAUAACCCCCAAGGUUACAAUAUCGAUAACCUACAGCGGACUUGGCCCGCCUUGCCAAUGGGUGUGAUGGGCCCUAAGGAGGCCUUGCAUGAGCGCCUAGCGUGGAUGAGUGAGCGGUACCCCAACGGUUUCGAGUCGACGGAUCUUCUGGCCCAACGUAUUCAUCAAGGUAAAUGGACAUAUUUCUACAGCGAGGAAGAAAAAAAUGAGGCGGUGGAGCUGGCACGAAAAAUUGCGGCAGAGCGCGGCGGAUAA